AUGUCCGCCACAUCCUCCCUUACAUCUGAAAAGACACCAGAUGAUUCAUCCAAGCUAAAGACGUUCUUAUCCAUUCUCCGAAAGUUUGUCGGAGUGGCUGACAUCGCCUCCGUCCGCUUCUCCUUGCCUGCACAUCUCCUGGAGCCGACGCCCAACUUGGAGUACUGGAAUUACUUGGAUAGACCGGAGGCUUUUGCAAGCAUUGGGCAGUCGGAUGAACCUCUGGGACGGAUGCUUGAGGUUUUGAGAUUUUGGUUCACCAAGGACUUGAAAUACAUCAAGGGCAAGCCCUGCAAACCCUAUAAUUCCACACUCGGAGAAUUCUUCAGGUGUACCUGGGACGUGCAAAGUACACUUCCAGAAGUUUCACUGGCUUCUACUUCUAGUAUCAUAGAUGCGACUCUCAGCUCGAAGGAAAGCGAUGGCAAACCUGUCAAGGUAUGCUACUUGACAGAGCAGACAUCUCAUCAUCCUCCAGUAUCAGCAUUCUACAUCGACUGUCCAGUGCGAGGAGUGACGGCUCGUGGUUUUGAUCAAAUCAGUGCCAAGUUUACAGGGACCAGCAUACGAGUCACUCCGGGCCAACACAACUUGGGAAUUUUCAUCAAUAUCCAGAGCAGGAACAAUGAGGAGUAUCAGUUGACUCAUCCCGCUGCACAUUUAGGUGGAUUGUUAAGAGGAGCUCUGGCCGUUACAGUCUCGGAUACGUGCUAUAUCACUUGCGCUCACACGCGCAUCAAAGUCAUUUUACAGUAUCUGGAAGAGGGUUGGAUCGGCCGUGCUCAGAACAGAGUUGAGGGCGUCAUCUUUCGGUAUGACCCUGACAGCGAUACUAUCACAAGGAUCAAAGACGUACCUCAUGAGGAUAUCCUUGCCAAGAUCAGCGGUUCGUGGCACGGGCAACUUUUCUACACUUUGAGUGGCUCGAACGAGGCGAAUUUAUUGAUUGACAUCGCUCCUCUCUUUCCGGUUGCAAAGACCUUACCGCCUGAUGAGGAGCAGCUCUCCAACGAAUCUCGAAAGUUCUGGUCGACGGUCACUGAGGCUAUUUUGGACAAGAGAUAUAACCAGGCAACCAAGCUCAAGCAGGAUAUAGAGGAACGCCAGCGGCAAAGGGCCGCUGAACGUCAGAAGAUGAACGACACAUGGCAACCGCGGUUCUUCACUGGCGCCGUAACGCCUCUCGGUAAGCCUGAAUUAACCGAUGAGGGAAUGAGGGCACUUGAAGGAUUAUAUAAUCAUGACUACAAGUUACAAGAGGGUGAAACAAAAGGCGCAUGA